AUGGCUUCCACUUUCCACUCCUUCGGCCGACUUCCCGUUGAGCUCAGAUUCCAUAUUUGGAACGAUGCAUUUCCCCUAUUCCCUCGCAUCUUCGAACUGGUUUCCCAUGACGAAGAGCCUGGAGACCACCCCGCAACAGGCGUCUCCCUUCCAAAUUGUAACUUGAGAGUUAACCGUUCUCCAACCUUGCUACUCGUCAACCGCAAAGCUCGAGCAGAGUUACUACCAAGAUACAGCCUCAACUUCAACCCUCGCGUGCCCGGUCCAUUCGUUGGCUUCUGCCCCUCCAUCGACAUGCUAUACCUUACUUUUCCUGGCAGCGGACCGUCUAGAAACUCCACUUCGAAUGUUUUCCGAAAUGCCUUUGGGAAUGACUACGAUAGCUUCAAGUGCUCAGUCAAAUACUUAUUCGGAUUACCACUAUUCUGGCCGACGUUCCUAUUCUUCGAUGGAACGGAACAAUUAAGCGCAAUGGAGAACUUGAAGGCGUUCGUUUUGUUGCACGACGGUCCAAAUGCUAUCGUCUCCGAGGUAUCUCAUGAUGCCGGUUUUGGGUUCAAAACGAAGCUUAAGGGCAUUAGUGGUAUCAAAGACCGGCUUAUGCGGAAGGAGUUGAAGGAACUGAUUGCUGUGCAUAUUGAAGCUAGGGCAGCGUUCAAGUGA